GCCUGUUUUAAGUCUACUUUUUUUUAUCCGUGUCCGCCUUGAUUUGCCGAUGUUGUAUUACCGGAGCCGAAACGCAUAUUUCGGGGCAAGUGGGGCGGCAAUUCUGGUGAUCACAACACUAAAGGCUCCGCCGACGGCUACCAUCUUUGCUUUAAGCUUCAUAGGGCGGGGAGAAGGGGAGAAUAGAAUAUAUGCAAUAUACCUAUGCAAAGCUUAGAACAUGAACUCUUCUAGUGAGAUAUCAUGUACUUUACAUUCUAUAGGGGAAAGUAGGUAAUCAUUAAGUCUUUUGCCAUGUUUAUAGUGCUCCUAUGCGGAUAUAGGGAUUAAAGAGAUGUCAGUCGGUUACAAUAUCAGAUUGAAUCACGUUGUCUCUACCGCUGAUGACAGUUACAUAAACAAAUACCACGACUUUGGACCCGUCAUAUCCAGGUUUCUCAUUAUUAGAGUCGCAAUCUUGGCGGACUUUAUCGAGUCAAUUCCGCUAAUCUCCGUCCAACAAUCACACUUUAUAACAAUCCCCAUCUUUAUGUUGGGUGGGAAAGAGUCCAGAUAUAACUCAUCUUAUAUCUCAUCAAUCAUAAACGUAGCUCUUCAACUCAUCGCCUACAUUAUCCGAUCACAUAGUUAGAAGCAUUGAAAAUGCCUGCCAAUAACAGCGUCAAGACGGCGCUAUCGCUCAUCGAGAACGACAAGUCCAAAGUUCUGGGCUUAAGCGUCGGCAAGCAUGCCAACGUCGAACCUGGGCUGUAUAUCCCAAAGGCCGACGCCCAAUCAGAGCCAGAAAUCAGCUUCGCAUCGGCGUCGCCCGAGAAAACUUACCUAAUAGUAAACCUCGAUCUCGACGCUCCGUUCCCGUCCUUCAGCGUGUUAGGUCCGGUGCUCCACUGGAUCCAGUCGGACUUGAAUCCCACGCCAGCCGCCGACGGUAACGGAUUCACCCUCAAGUCUACGGCGCCCUUCAUAGUAAAUUACAUUGGCCCUGCGCCGCCGCCGCCAAGCGCGCCACACCGAUAUGCUUUCUUCCUGUACGAGCAGCCUGAGGGCUUCGACGUCAAGAAACAUGCACCGGCUGGCGGGAAGCCUGUCGGGGUUUCGCGCCGCAUGCGCUUCGACUUAGACGGAUGGGAGAAAGAGCUUAAGCUUGGGCCUGUGCUCGCUGUUAAUUACUUCAAUAGCAAUUAGGCACUACGGCUUAAAGUGCAUCUGUGAUCUUUUGCUCGGGGAGAUUUACGGCCUGUCCUUAGUCAAUGGAAUAAAUGAUUGUUUGUUUGUUUGUUUUUUUCUUGGGCUGGAGCGGUGACGGACAGGGCCGGAUUGCGAUAUUAUUAGGUCAAUUUUCGGUGCCUUCAUAUACCCACAAUAUAGAUUCCAAUGCUGAAUUGUCGGAAUUCUUACUGGUUAAAAAGGAGAUGCCCGAGCGGCUCUGGUACAAUUUGCUAAUCAAAACUCCCUGGAUUGCAUUUUUCGCAUUC